ACAGUUGACAAAUUAAUGAAUUUAUCCUUGUAUAUUUUUUAGAAAUCUUGUAUUUUGUUUAUUUCUAGGUUUUGAAACGAUUUCAUUACGACAAAAUGGCGGCAGAUUUAUCCGUUAUUGGGACCCACAAAGUGAAGAGAAUUCCAAACGGGGAGAGCGUGGAACUGAAGAGCUUGUGGCAGGAUCAGAAUGUGGCCAUCGUUUUCUUCAGGCGUUGGGGCUGCAUGCUGUGCAGGCUCUGGGCUAAAGAGUUAGGGGAAAUAGCGCCUAUUCUCCACAAGAACAAUGUUAAACUGAUUGGCGUUGGUGUGGAAGAAGCCGGUUCAAAGGAGUUCGUCGAAGGGAAAUUCUUCGAUGGAGAUUUGUACUACGUGGAGGACAUGAAUACAUAUCAGAACCUCGGUUUUAAGCGAUUCAACGUCAUUUCAAUCAUCACCUCGCUCUUCUGGAAGCAGUCCAGGGAAGCCAUCUUCAAGGGGCGCAGCAUGGGUCUAGGUGGAGACCUGAAAGGUGAUUGGGUGCAGACGGGCGGGGCGUUGCUUAUUGGAAAAGACGGGAAGUUGCUGCAUCAUUUUGUCCAGACUGGACCGGGUGAUCAUUUGUCCAAUUUGGACAUUUUGAAGAAUUUCGGUUUAGAACACGAGUAUAAACCCGAGAUGGCGAAUCAGAAACGUGACAACCAGGAAUGCACUGCAGAAGCCAAAAACUAGCCACUGGGCGGUCGCGCUGCGGUCCUGCCCACUGGCUCCCAUCCACGUCAUCUGGGCAGAAAGAAAAUGUAAGCAAACUAAAGUAUAGAUACAUUACUGGACUUUUAGGACAUUUGUUUGUAAAACCUAUUACAUAGGUUGUUUAAAGACUGAAUUGUGGUUAGAAAGCUGUAAGCUAUAUUUUUCUGUGGGCUAUAGUUUUGCCAUUGUUAAUAACCAAUUAUUUGAUCUUAUAAUCUGGACUUAAUCGUGUAUAAAACAUGUUUUAUUUACCUUGAUGUUUCCGAGACUAUGGACGUUGCAACAUGUCCCAAAGGUCUCGGGGUAAAGUCCCUUCAAGACCAUGAACUUUACUUGUCUCACAUAUUUUACUGUACUCAUGUAGUCUCGGUGGGACUGUCCCUUCGAAACCAUGGACGUUUCAACACGUCCGAAGCGUCGAAGUAAAUAAAAUAUAUUUUAUACUCAAUUAAGUCCCGAUUUUAAAAUUAAAUAGUGUGUGAAAAUCGUGACAGUUUAAAUCAAUGUAUUAACAAUCAAGUUUUCUAUUCGAGAUGUUAGAAAGGGAGACGUUAUGUCAUUGAUAUGUAUGUUCGAGUUAUCUUUAAUCCAUUUUGUGAACCCUUAAACAAAUGCGAGCCUCAAUUUAUCUAUAAAAUAAUGCAUUGGUUCCCUGGUAAUCGAGUGUCGUGGAUACAAUUACCAUUGCAUUUUUUUUAAGGAAACUUUUUGUUUUGGUGGUCACUAUUUUAUCAUUAUACGUUUAGAACUUGAGAAUGUAGCAGCUAGCCAAGGCCCUCGAUUCGAAAAUUACGUUUUGUUACCUGAAAUGUUUUAGUUUUUGUAACAAAAAAUUCUAAAUGUAAACUAUAUGUAUACUAUACGCCUAAAUCCUAAAAAAAUACGUACGCUCAAGAAAAGUAAAGUUGUAACAACUAAUUGGUUGAUUUGAUUUUGUUUGAAUUAAAAUGGUUGAAUUAAAAAAAAACUCAUUACGAAAAUUACAUUAAAAGUUAUAUCAAAAUUUACGAAAAAAUUAAGAAAUAUUACUAUCUGGCAACACUGGUAGCAACCUAAAGAUCAGACUCUGUACUCUCGUUCUUCAUCCGAUAUCCUUCUGAAACAAUUCGACUCAUCCGAAGAACAGAGUCCAAUGUCCGAUUAUAUAUAUGUAUAGCGAAAAGAGAAUAACUUCGUUUCGAGAAUAAUUUACUUAUUUAAACUAAGGCCCACGUAAAGGUGUUUAGAGAGUUAAUCGAUUACUUAAAAAAAUAAGGUGAUAAAUGGUAUUGUAACGAAAAGUUUCAGAAAAUUAAUUAAAAAUUGACCUUUUGAAAGUAGGGCCGGAUUAAGCCAAGUAAAGGCCCUUAGACAAUGCAAUCCAUAGGGCUGUCUAAAACAAAUAAAAAUAGCAAAACGUAAACAUUAAAUCAAAAUCUCUUUAUUUGGUAUACAAUGAAGUAUUAAAGAAUGUACAAAUUGAUAAUAAAACAAAAGUAUCGAAUGGGUCUACACUUCAGUAAUACAGGACAUAAUGGAGUACAUAUAACCCCCAAGUUAUUGAUUUUAAAAAACAAUUUCCAGUGUUUUUCAGUGACCUAUGUCCACAAUUACAAAAGGUUUGCUAUUUUAAAUUAUAUAUGUCGACUUCUGGAUAUGCCCACUUCUGGUAUGUCCACUGUUCCAGUGAUGUAUCGAACAAUGCGAUUGAAAUUGAAAAAUGUGAGGUCUGUGCAUGAAGUUUGAACUGCACUUAACAUCAAGAUCUUACUCGUUUUUCAAUUUCAUUUGCAAAUAAAAAUUUUGAAAUACAGCUAGCAGGGAUUUUGUAAUUUUUUUUCAUUUUUAACAUUAUUUUAUACUUAUUUUUACUUCAUAUGGUGAAGGAGGUUUUGUAAUAAGAUGUAGUGAGUCGUUUUGAUUUUCUUAUCGAAAUAAGAGACAUACAAAAACAAAAAAACGCUGACUAUUUUUUUUUCCUAUGCGUAAGUUUCAGUAAUGGAACACAUACGUGAAAUAAAACAAAAAAUCACCCAUUUUUUUUGAUGUUAUAUUCCCCAAUAAUUUCUAACGCGUCAUUAUCUCAAAAUAGUAAAUAAAAUUGAACGAUCGGCGCCGAGUUGUCUAGAUGCGGGACGACACAUCUGCGCUAAUGCAUCGUUAGCGUUAGUAAAAAAAAUGUACUAAAAUUUUUUUCUCUGAAGUUUAUUUUGCAAUUGGCCGCUGAUGGCCUUGAAUGCGCCACCGGAAAAAAGGCGAUCUGAAGGUUCAUAACCCCUAAAAUAAACUUAAAACUAAUUAGCGGGCCUGAGGGCGCCCAAGUGGGCACAGACCUCAGCUCAGGGCGUUACUGAAAACUUGAGCCAGUAGGACGUGCUAUAGGAGAGAAUCUACCAGUGUACGUGCUGAGAUUAGGGGCUCUACGACCUCGCCGGCGAGGACGGUUGGUGCGUGAGGAGAUGGACUGGUUAGCGAUCUGCUUGGCCUGAUAGUGAUAGGGUCGUCAGGGUCGUUGAGGACUUCCCUUGGCCGACGGGUCCUACGUACGCGGUGGGGGUGAGUUUAGUACUUUGUUGUUGUCUAUCAAAUACAUAAACUCGCGUGCUGACUCCACCCACUGCCCGUUGUUGUUGCUAUAGCAACAAGUGUCAAUAUUGUUCACAAUUUUUCGGAUGACUUUGAGACGUCAUAACUUAUUUACUUGUUAAGUAUUUGAAAAAAGAAAAACCGAACAUGUAUUUUUUAUGUCCAUUAUAGAGUACGCUCCUUGAAUAACGGUCACCAGUAACGGUUUAUCACCUUGUAUAACGGUCAAUCUUUUAUCCUUGUGACCAGUUGUAAGCCCUAUGCGAGAUAUCCAAGAGAUCCAGCGGUUUAUGUCGCUCUCGCGCAUGUCGCGCCCAGUCGUGCUAACCCUACUGUUGGAUAGUAUAAAGGUAGACAGUUGGUACAUGCUCGCCUAAGAAUGCUGUUGUUAUUCUGCCCUCAAAAAUAUUCAGUGCGUAUGGCUCGCAAGAACGAUACUGGUAUACAUUCGCCUAAAAACCGCUAUGUUAGAUUUGACCUCAAAAAUAUUCAGUUUAUAAUAUAUUUUCACUACAUCUUUUUGCAACACAGUUUUUAUUAUUUUUAAUAUUUGCGUUUGAUAUUUUAUACACUGACGAGCAAAGAAAACGGGUCACUACCAUCUUUUUAUUUAAUAAAACUUUUGUAAAUUAGGCAUUUACUGAUCUCGAUUUCGUUGCGUGUGUACGCCUAAAAAUACUAUUAUACUAAUAUAUAACAAUAAUUUUAUUUUUAAUUCCAAGCUUCGGAGCUAUUAAUGUUUUACGGAAGUUGACGAUUGUUAACCAAUUUCAAUAUAAAGACUUUGGAAACUAAAGGACUUGUCACAUUGCCUGGCAUUGUCUCAACUACUACGUGUACGUCGUCGUAAGCUUAAAGAGAUAGUACAUUGGUCUGUGCCAAACAUGGGAAUUUAAAAUACGUAACGUCAUCUUAAAUGCCAACUGUGUCCAUUUCGCCAUUAAUAGAGUACAGAUACGGUUAUCAAAGGGACUUCCCUUACUUUUGACAUUUCAUGUACUUACAUCAAAUGUCAAAACUACUGUUUCGUCAAGUGUGAAUUACUCGCAGGCUUGCGAUAUUGGCUAAGACUCUGCUGUUAGGUUGAGUGUUAGCUACAAGGUGUUCUGUGAAUUAGUGCGUUUUUUGGCUAAUUUCUUUAUUUCAUAUUUACAUAUACAUUUCCUGUUGACUUAUUUUUUAGUGUGUCUAUUUAAGUAGUUUAUGAGUGUUGUUAAUUGUAUUGGUAAUUCAACAGCUCUGCAACUUUAAAACCUAAUAAGAAAGGAUUUAUUAUAUCACAUUGUGCUCUCACAAUACUCAUUGAAUAGCAGAGUCUACAGAAGUCCUUAAAAUUACUAAGCGGAAAUCUCGAUACUGGCGAAAUCUAAAGGCCCAUUAAGCAAAAAAAAGAAGAAGAAUUACUUGCAUGAAUUGUUAUAAAAUGGACCAAAAUAUUGACAGUGAGAACAAUUAGGUAUUAAUAAAAAUGCGUCGCUGCAGCAUUCAGGGAUUGAUGGCAUUAGAAAAAGCAAAAAUCAACCGAAUGUUACAUUGCACCGCCAUGGAAUAAUACAUUUUUCUUUAAAUAAUCACACAAAAGCCGAAAUAUCUCAUGUUUAUCUCAUAGACUUAUUUAAGUAGUUUAUUCAAAAAUUUGCCAAAUUUUGCUUUGAUUACUUUUGUAUAUUUUGAUGAUUGUUGUUAACGAUUAUUUUGAGACAGCGUUGUUCUUGUAGGCAUACAUAUUA